AUGCCAAGUUAUUUGAUUGCAGUGGGGUCCUUGGAGACUUUCAGGGAGAACGGCCUUUUGGGUGGCUUCGAUCUCUCGCGCUGUGACAUCAUAGCAGAGCUCUUGGAAGCCUUGGAGGUCAUGGCUGAAGCGAACGAGGCUCCCGAGGCUCCCAGUGCCCCAGUGCCAGAUGCCAAGCCGCAGAAGAAGCGCUCCCCGAACAGACUAGUCGUUGAAGAGGCCAUGAACGAUGACAAUUCGGUGAUCUCCCUUUCACAAGCAAAAAUGGAAGAAUUGAACCUCUUUCGCGGAGACAACGUCCUCAUCAAGGGCAAAAAGCGAAAGGACACCGUGUGCAUCGUUCUUGCAGAUGAGAACUUGGACGACAGCAAGAUUCGCAUGAAUAAAGUGGUGCGAAAAAAUCUCCGUGUGCGUUUGGGUGACAUUGUUUCAGUCCAUGCUUGUGGUGAUGUGCCAUACGGCAAACGUAUCCAUGUCCUUCCGUUGGAUGACACCAUCGAAGGGAUUACGGGCAAUCUUUUUGACACCUACCUGAAACCUUACUACUUGGAAGCAUAUCGCCCAGCGAGACAGGGAGACCUCUUUCUGGUACGCGGUGGUUUUCGUCCAGUAGAAUUCAAGGUGGUCGGUGUGGAUCCAGGUGAGUUCGUGAUCGUUGCACCGGAUACAGUGAUUCACUGCGAGGGAGAGCCUGUGAAGCGCGAGGAUGAAGAGCGGCUGGACGAUGUGGGUUACGAUGACAUUGGUGGUUGCAAGAAAGCUAUGGGCCAGAUCCGAGAGAUGAUUGAACUGCCACUGCGACAUCCAACAUUGUUCAAGACGCUGGGCGUGAAGCCUCCCCGAGGUGUUCUGCUCUACGGCCCUCCAGGCAGCGGCAAGACUUUGAUCGCAAGGGCCAUUGCCAACGAAACAGGUGCCUUCUUCUUCCUCAUCAAUGGACCUGAGAUCAUGUCCAAAAUGGCGGGUGAAGCGGAAUCCAAUCUGCGUAAAGCAUUCGAAGAAGCAGAGAAAAAUUCGCCUGCGAUCAUUUUCAUUGAUGAAAUUGACUCCAUUGCCCCCAAGCGAGACAAAACAUCCGGAGAAGUUGAAAAGCGCGUGGUUUCGCAGCUCUUGACGCUAAUGGAUGGAAUCAAGGGCCGUGGUCAGGUGGUGGUCAUUGCAGCUACGAACCGCCCCAAUUCCAUUGACGCUGCACUUCGGCGAUUUGGGCGCUUUGACCGGGAACUUGACAUUGGUGUCCCGGACGACAAUGGCAGGUUGGAGAUUCUGCGCAUCCACUGCAAGAAUAUGAAGUUGGCGACUGAUGUGAAACUGGAGGAGGUGGCAUCCAACACUCACGGCUUUGUUGGAGCAGACCUGGCGCAACUUUGCACUGAAGCCGCCCUCACAUGCAUUCGUGAGAAGAUGGAUUUGAUCGACCUGGAGGAAGAAACCAUUGAUGCGGAGAUUUUGGAUUCAAUGGCAGUCUCGCAGGAGCACUUCAAGUCUGCAAUGGGAACCGUCAACCCCUCUUCCUUGCGAGAGACAGUGGUGGAAGUGCCAAACAUCAAGUGGGACGACAUUGGUGGUUUGGAAGACACCAAGCGAUCCUUGCAGGAGACCAUUUUGUAUCCCAUCGACCACCCUGAGAAGUUUGAGAAGUUUGGCAUGCAACCCUCCAGGGGUGUUUUGUUCUAUGGCCCUCCUGGAUGUGGAAAGACGCUGCUGGCCAAGGCCGUGGCCUCCGAAUGCUCUGCGAACUUUGUGAGCAUCAAGGGCCCUGAGCUUUUGACCAUGUGGUUUGGAGAGUCUGAGGCGAAUGUCCGUGAAGUCUUUGACAAAGCCAGGGCGGCAGCUCCCUGUGUUCUCUUCUUUGAUGAGUUGGAUUCUGUGGGUGUGGCGCGUGGUUCCUCUCAAGGUGAUGCUGGAGGUGCUGGAGACCGUGUCAUGAAUCAGCUACUGACGGAGAUUGAUGGAGUGGGUGCCAAGAAAAAUGUCUUCUUCAUCGGCGCCACGAACCGCCCAGAACUGUUGGAUGAAGCUUUGCUCCGUCCCGGACGCUUGGAUCAACUCAUUUACAUUCCACUUCCUGAUUUGCCCGCAAGGCAAGGCAUCUUGGAGGCAACGUUGAAAAAGUCUCCUGUCGCUCCCAAUGUGCCGUUACCCUUCAUUGCCCAAAAGACAGAGGGAUUCAGUGGAGCUGACUUGGCGGAGCUUUGUCAACGAGCAGCCAAAGCAGCAGUACGUGAUGCCAUUGCAGCAGAUGAACUGCGUGCAGGCGAUGAUGAUGCAAUGGACACCACCAUGGGCUCUGAGAUUGGCCGCAAACACUUUGAAGAGGCCUUUGGUGGAGCAAGGCGCUCUGUGGCAGCAUCUGACCUCGCCAAGUACGACCAGUUCCGCAAGAAAUUUGAUCCUAUCUACAUGAACUCCAGUGCUGGUGGCAGUGGAGUUGUAAUCAACUGGCCGGAUGAUGAUUCCUCGUGGACGGCGCGCUUGGCAUCAGAAGAGGCUUUGGCCACACUGAGUUGUCACAUUAGACCUUUCUUGCAAUGUGCGGAGCCUCAUGGAACAAACUUUUGGAAAUGGUGCUUUGAUGUGCUUUGUGUAUCUUUGUGUAACUAA